AUGAUUGUAAAAUAAAGUGCUUUUCAAAUCAAUGAAAUUAAAUGGUUUUUGCAAACAACAAGAAUGACUGAUCAAGUCCUUAUAAAUUUGUUUGAUCAAGAUAUGAUAGGUACAGAGUCUUUGGUGCUUGCAAUAGCUACACCUUAUGAUUAAUUACCUACAGUAAUUGAUAUUAUUGACAAUCAAACUGAGAUGGUUCACACUAUGGCUCGUUCAUUGGCUAAGAAAUUGAGUUUAUAAGUCUUCUUGAAUUACAAUCAUUCAAGUGAAUUAACUUUAGAAAUAUUCCAAUAAUUGAGAGAGAAAUUAAUUGAAUCAAUAAUAUAAUAAUGAU